AACACCAUCCCCGGGACACAUGUGUACUUAAGGGGAAGCCAUCGAGACAUACUUUAGGCACAACUGAUCUUUAAGCAUGAGGCCGCAUUUCAUGAUCGUCGUCGCCAUUGCCGCGCUCUGCUUGGUCGGAACGCAUGCGAGGUGCCCCUCAAUCAGGGGCACCUUCAGCGACUGCAGGUUUGAGCAAUGUACGCCCACGGAGUGCGAGCGUCGUGGUCUCGAGUGCUGCCCGAAGCCUUGCGGUGGCUCAUGGUGUGUCAAAGGUGUAUCCAAUCUUCAGAUGCUCUUGGACUAUUUCCCGAGAUAUCUCCACUGUCCUCAGAUUGAACCUCCCCGGCCCGGUCAAUGUGAGGGAAGGCGAAACACUACCACCUGCGAGGACAUCAAAUGCGAGGAACACGGUGGCAUCUGCUGCAAGCUUGCUUGCGGAGAGCCACUGUGUGUCGCCAUAAAACCCCAGUAAACCGCAGCGAUCGAGCACUCGUGACACCCGUACAGGUUUAUUUGUGCUUCAUGUGCAACAGAAAUUCUUAAUAGUUAUUACUGUGCUGAUGAGAAAAUAUUACGAAACGCCAAUGACAGUGAGGGCGAUAAUCCAAUAAAAACAUUUAUCAUUUGGGUUUU